CUUUUUUUAGUUAUUUAGAGGAAAAUGUGGGGUUUUUGUGGGGGAAAUUGGGACCGAGUGGGGUGGGAUAGAGGAGUGGGUGGUGGAGUAGGGGGCUUUGAGGGGAAUUUUGGGGUUAAGGGACUUGGGGUAGUGGGAUUGGGCCUUGUGAGAGGGAUUGUGUGUGAAAGGGGUAGAGGGGAUAAUAAGUAUUACGGGAGGUGGGGAAUGGUGUUAUUUAAGCAUCUUUUCCUUUUAGGUGUGUAGUUUUCGACUUUUAUUAGCCAUUUAAGCAGUGAUAUAAUCUUGGAAUAAUUAUUUUAAGCCGGUGCUGUGAUGAAGAGAUUAAGUA